GUGAUGCCGGAUUUACGUACGUAAUUCACUUGCAAAAUGGAGGAAACGGCUAAUACGGCGAGUCUCGAAGGUGAUGAUUUGGAUUUGGAACUUGCCUGCUCGGCGGAACAGGCCGAACAGGAAGCGAAGAUCGCUCAGGAAACCAAGGAAGAUGAAGCAUUAACGGAGCUGGUGAAUGCUGAAGAGUUUCUCGCAUCGGAAGGAGUCCCACUGCUCGAGUAUGAAAAGCAGGUGUUUUUCGAUCUUUUACAUACGGAUGCGUUGGUUGUUUGUGCGAAAGGUAUUACCUAUGAACGGGCAAUGCUAAAUCUGUUGAAAAUUUUCUGCGACACCUCUACGCUCGUGCUGGUAGUAAACUGUUCCGAAGGUGAGGAACAGUACUACCGUACAAAUCUUGACCACUCCGAACACAUUCACGAAUCGGCUAAAACGGCAGCAGAACGGGAACGGACGUAUCUGCAGGGUGGUAUACAAUUCAUUAGCACACGCAUCCUCGUAGUUGAUUUGCUGAAAAACCGCAUUCCGAUCGAACUGAUCACGGGUAUGUUUGUGGUGCGGGCACAUGAAAUUGUGGAAUCGUGCCAGGAAGCGUUUGCCCUACGUUUGUACCGGCAGCGCAAUAAGGUUGGCUUCAUUAAGGCAUUCUCCCGUAACGUGGAAGCGUUCACGUACGGGUACGGGCACGUGGAGAAGGUGAUGCGCAAUCUGUUCGUGAAAGAGCUCUUCAUUUGGCCACGGUUUCACAUGACUAUCCAGCGGUCACUGAAACCGUACGAACCGGCCGUAGUUGAGAUACAGAUACCGAUGACACAAAGCAUGAUUCUGCUGCAAACGAAUUUGCUCGAUCUGAUGAACUAUCUGGUGAAAAGUAUUAAAAAUUUGAACCGGUUUGUCGAGCUGCAGGAGGUGACGGUGGAGAACUGUGUGACGAAAAAGUUCCAUAAAAUAUUGCAAGCUCAGCUGGACACGAUCUGGCAUCAGUUAAGCUCACAAACGAAAUUGAUCGUAGCCGAUCUGAAGGUGUUGCGUAGUUUGAUGAUCUCCUGCCUUUAUGGUGAUGCUGUCUCGUUUUACGCCCUGCUGAAGCGCUACCGAACGACGGAAUACGCGCUGCACAAUUCCGGCUGGACACUGCUGGAAUCGGCAGAAAAAGUGUUCACCAUAGCGAAAGAGCGUGUCUUUAACCGGGAAAGUGAGUUCGAACCGGAACUUUGCCCAAAAUGGAAAGCUCUUUCCGAUGUGCUGCGGGUGGACAUUCCUAACGACAUAAAGGAAAUUUCACGCAAAAUGCGCAAAAAAGAGGAACGACAAAAGUUCCUCCAGCAGCAGGUGAAAAUACUCAUACUCUGUCAGGAUACGCGGGCCUGCUAUCAGUUGAAUCAGUUUCUCACGCAAGGUCCCGAACGUUACCUAUUCUUCCAAGCGAUGAAGAACGAUAUAUCCGUUGCAAAGCUGUCGGAACAGUUUAAACACAUAAAUACCGAGACAGACGGGGAAGCUUUUAGGGUACAAGAGUUCGAACCGGUCCGAAAAGUGAAACUAGCUACUGCACCGAAUAUACCGGAAUCUAAACGUGCAACCACCAGUAAGGAAGCGCCAGCAAAGGGUGGAUUUUUACGUGAACGCAUCGCUAAGAAGCGUCGUGAAGCGGCGGAGGAAGAGGAAGCACGAAAGCGUAAGGAACUGGAGGAAGAGGAAGCAAAGGAAGAGGGUGGUGUAAGGAAAUCGGACAUGGAAAAAGAAUUGGCGGCGGUGCGGACGGACGAGCAGGAUCAUCAGCAAUACUUCCGUGACUCGUACGUACUGACUAUGUCACAACGCUCGAUGGUCCCAGAUGUGGUCGCUGCGGAUCAGUCGGAGUUCGAUGUGAGUGUCCUGGAGAGUGGAGUGUUUGAAUCGUUUGUAGAGAUGGAACAGAUGGACAUCACCAGCGUGGUGAAGGACUCGAACCGUCCGCUAGUGUUUAUACAGACGUUCAAGAGUGAAACUAACGGAUUGGGGUCGUUAGAUCGUACGCUGGAGCAGAUCUGUCCGCGAUAUAUUGUGAUGUACCACACGAACGUAACCGCUAUUCGACAGAUUGAAGUAUACGAAGCUCGACAGCAACGGCAGGAGAUGGCACGGGUGCGAGUGUAUGCCAUUAUACAUUCGAAAACGGUCGAAGAGCAAUCCUAUCUGACCUCGUUGCGGCGCGAAAAGCAAGCGUUUGAGAUGCUGAUCGAAACGAAACGGACUAUGGUUGUGCCGGAAUAUCAGGACGGAAAAUCGGAGGAUACUAUCAUGAUGUUGCAGAAGAAGCAAGAAAUUUCCAGCCGACAAGCCGGCGGUCAAGAGGUAAAAGAUCCGGCUGAAAUUGUAACUCCACGCGUGAUCGUAGAUAUGCGUGAGUUUCGCUCAGAUCUGCCCUGCCUGAUACAUCGAAGAGGCAUCGAUGUUGUGCCCUUAACGAUCACGAUUGGAGACUACAUCAUCACACCGGAGAUAUGCGUGGAAAGGAAAUCGAUAUCCGAUCUGAUCGGAUCGCUAAACUCGGGCCGCCUGUACAAUCAGUGCGUACAGAUGACGCGCUACUACGCCAAACCGAUACUGCUGAUCGAGUUCGAUCAGAACAAACCAUUUCACUUUCAGCGCUAUUUUAUGGUAUCGAACGUGGGCGGGUCCGGAUCCUCGUCCAGUGGUGCAUCAAACGAAGACAUUAUGGCGAAACUGCAACUGCUUACGAUACAUUUUCCCAAGCUGCGACUCGUCUGGUCACCGAGUCCCUACUCGACGGCCCAAUUGUUCGAGGAGCUAAAGCAGGGUAAAGCGGAACCGGACCCAGAUGUCGCUGUAAAGGUGGGCUCGGAUGAAGCGACCAACGAUGAGCAGGAUGGAACGUUGGAUGGGUUGGGGAAUGUGGAGGUACAAGAAUUUUUGCUCAAGCUGCCCGGCAUCACAACGCGCAACGUGCGUCGUAUUUUGCGCCAGUGUGUGAGCUUGCGUGAUUUGACGCAGAAAACGGAGUCGGAGCUGGAGGAACUGUUGGGUGGACCGGCAAUGGCCAAGCAGCUGUGGGAGAUACUGCACAUAGCGCACAAACCGUCUCAGCCGGAUCCGCAUGAUAAAUCGGCGUACGCCGGGAAGUUUAAGCGCGGUGGGAAGCGAUUCUGA